GAACAACGCUCACUCCAGAUCAGCCGCUCGGGGUGUUCACUUUGGUGCAACGCCUCCCUUGAGGUGCAAAACAGGAUAUUUUGAUUCAGCUUUAGCGGAAGUUACUUCUUACAGUUGAGAGCUUUAAGUUGCGACUUGGCAUAUGAGCUAGAGAACAGAGAAGUUUCGGGGGGGGGAGUUUGCCUUUAUUUUUUUUAAAAAUGUUUUAUUAAAGAGGAAUUGUAAAGGAAAACAUGGAGGAGCGCAAACCUAUGAACUUCACUCGGCUUUUAUCAGAUGAAAGCACUCAGUCCGACCUGUCUACGGACUCCUGUGAGUACCAUCAGACAGAGAUAUUUGACCAGCUGCCGAGCAUCCAGGCUUGCCGGCCUGAGCUGAGCAGACUUGGAGGCUUUGAGGCCGCCCAGGGUGGCCCAGAACCCGAGGACAGGCUCAGCAAUGUCCACCUGUCCAGAGGAUCCAGAGACAAGGCGUUGAUGCAGCCACUCAGAAACAGGGCCAUUUGUAUGCAGGCAAAGAGAAGCAUCAGGGAGAGGAGAAAGAAGCAAAUCAACAACACUGGGGAGUCGUGGAGGCGGAGCCAGAGCAUCAGCAGGAAAAGGUUGUCUGCAUCAGUGGCAGCGGCUCUUUCCAGCCUGUUGCCAUGGCGGAACUCUCUUCACACCAUCGAAGGCAAGUUCGGAGUCGGCGUGAAGUCCUAUUUUGUUUUCCUCAGGUAUCUGGUUUACAUGAACCUGCUACACUGUGCACUUAUCUUUGGCUUCAUUCUGGGACCAACAAUAUUUUAUGGCAGGGGUGAGAGCAACGAAACAAUGCGAUUUGGAGGCAACGACUCUGUUUUAGAUUUUUUCCUCGGAACGGGUUACCUGGAUCGUUCACCAGUCUUCUUUGGCUUUUAUACGCCCGGCUCCCUGAACUUAGCGUGCUUGAACACGACUCUGCUGUACCUUGCUGCAAUCCUCACCAUCUUCCUCCUCAGUCUCGUUAUGGUGGUCCGCAGGACAGUGGUUGGCUACAAGCACACUUGGAUGCUCGGGACGCGCUACAGCAUGAAUGUGAGCUUUAAGAUCUUCUGCAGCUGGGACUUCACCGUCCAGGAUCCCGCUGCCGCUGACCUCAAACGCAGCUUCAUCAGAAAUGACCUCAAGCUGCUCCUGGAGGAGCAAAGUUUCUCCUUGCGUGAAGCUCGGAGGACACUUGGACAGAAGGUCCGCCUCUACCUGCUCAGGUUCAUCCUCAACCUCCUGGUGUUGUGUUUGCUGGGCGGAGCCUUCUACCUUAUCUUCUUCAUCACAGAAAUAUCCAUGAAACAGACCGGACACAACUGGCUGAUCAGUCUGUUCUUUGAGUAUCUUCCUCCGUCCACCAUCACCAUUGUCAACCUAUUCCUCCCUCACAUCUUCCGUAAGAUCUCAUCUUUCGAGGACUAUUCUUUCACCACACAGGUGAAUGCGACGCUCGUGAGGAGCAUCUUCUUAAAGCUGGCCUCUUUGGGAAUCUACCUAUUUUUUGUCCUCAAAUCAACACACAGUCAAAGUGACUCUCGGUGCAGAGAGAACCAGUUUGGUAGAGAGAUGUACACACUGACUAUCUUCAACUUCUUGGAGACUGUCUGCAAUGCCUUUCUCUGGGACUACCCCAGGAAGUUGUUGCAGGAGAGGUCUCCCACAUCCUGGCUGAUCCGGUUGGUAGGGAAACAACGGUUCCUGAUCCAUUUUGAAGUGCUGGAUCUGGUGCACAGUCAAACUGUAUUCUGGGUGGGAGUCUACUACUGCCCUCUGCUGCCUCUGAUAGGAAUGGUCGCACUGGUGAUCACGUUCUACCUCAAAAAGUUCAGUGUCCUACGGUGCUGUGAGGCAGAGCAUCGGGUGUUUCGAGGUUCCAACUCCUCGGUUUUAUUCCACUUCAUGCUGCUGCUCGGCCUCACCAUCGCUGGAGCCACGCUGGCCUUCAACGUCUACCAGCAAGACAGCAUGACCCACACGUUGCCCUGUGGUCCAUUUGCAAUGGGGGAAUCGGCAUUUACUGUCAUGGAAGGUUGUGUGAACACUCUCCCCAGCCCUGUGCAGACCACUCUAAGCUACGUGGCCUCUGCCACCUUUGCCCUGCCGCUCAUACUAGCUGAGAUUGUAAUCUUAACCUCAUAUGUGUCACGAGGACGCUCCAAUCAGAAGGCGAUUGAGAGACUGAAAGAACUGCUGGUUACGACCAGCACAGACAAGCGUUUCCUGGUCAAGAAGCACACCACAAUGCUGAGAAGCAAGCGCAAAGCGCGUUCUGCAGUCACUGAAGAGGACCCCAGUCCAUGCAUUUAGACUGAUUAAAGUCUGCCCGCAGACCUCCGCGUACAAAUAAUGCCUUGCUCUGGCCGACCACACCUGGGUGGAGUCCUGCGGCGGCUAAAAAUAAUAUGACAAAGGACUGAUGAACUCUCAUUUCCCGUGAUAUAAAAUGCAAAUAUUAAACAGAACUGUGAUCUUUUUCUGCGAAGGCAAAUAUUUAUGCACAACAAUGUACUGAUAGACUCACAGUUAUAAUAAUUGUAGUUUAAGUAGUUUAAUAAUAAUAAAUGUGACUUUAUAUGUAUUCAAGUGAAUGUUUUUUUGUUUUUGUUUUUAAAUGAUGCUAAUUAAACAUCCUUCUACAUGU